ACAAAGAAUUAGCUCGGUGAUGUUUUUUGUAAAAGAAGUUGCCGCAGCCGUCUUUCUCCACGGAAACUUCAAGCAUCGAUUACAUCGGGCCCACAUUAUAUUUUAACCCUCACAACAAUGGAAUGUAGAAUACGCCCGGCAGAAAAUUUUAUUCUUUUCUCGUAAUAUCUUUCCUUGUUCAUUCGAAAACCAAUUUUAUAAAGAUUUUAAUUUCGAAAAUUCUUAUUACAAGAAAGUUAUAAUUUGUAUAACACAUAAUGAUUGUAUUUAUUGAAUUGAAGUAAUGAUUUCUGGGGAAUUAAUGUCAACUGAAAGUAUUUUAUUUGAUGUGGAUGCAAGUGAAGUUUUACCUGCUAGAGGUCUUUGGGUGGGCUCAGCGAGGUGUUUUUCACGCGCUGAAUAGUUAAUUUUUAGUAUUUACAAAGGUCGUAUGUUGUACAAAAAGAGGCUGUGACACUUUAAAUAUAAUAACAACUUAUAAUUUUUUACGUCAAUUUACAUGAGUAGUGCUUCCUCAAAUAUUAAUUGGCUAAAAAAGAAAAGCAUCACUCACAUUCUCGUCACAGGAGCUAUGCUGCCUUGCAACUUUCCUGAGGACUUUAGCUAUAAAGUUAUAUUCUGCCUCGACACUCCCGUUCAAAAUCUUCUAGUCAAAUUCGAGGAUGCCCACGCCUUUAUAGAUGAGGGCAGGGCUUCUGGGGGUGUGCUAGUCCACUGCAGAUACGGCAGGUCGAGAAGCGUCUCCUUUGUAAUUUCCUACUUAAUGAGAACCUUCAAGAUGCCAUUUAGCGAAGCCUUUAAUACUGUCGCGAAGGCUAGACCCGACAUCUCCCUUAAUUAUGGGUUUGAGGAACAGUUACGUCUUUAUGAAACUAUGAAAUGCAGGGUUGACGAAACUCAUCCAAGCUAUAUACUAGUUAUGAAAAACACUAUGCCUUGAACGAAACAUUGAUGUAGCAAACAAUAAAAAAUAAGGGAGGCUAGAGCCUUCC